UAACUAUCCAACCCUGGUGCUUCAAGCUCAAAAGGAGGCAGAUGGGUUUCAACUGACCUGCUCCGUCAACAGCUGUAUGGAAGACAAGGAUGAUGCGAGUGGCAGCAGCAGCAGCAGUGCGGAUCAAGCCUGCCAGCGACCACCAGGCACACAGAUAAGCUGCAGAGGCCUGGAGUUGGAUCGUCUUUCACCUGGCGACAAGCAGGAUCAUCCGGUGGUGCUUGUGCGGGAGGGUGAAGUCGUUGAAGCUUGGUCGGAAAUACUACCAGACCUGCAGAUAAUUGAAAGCUCACAGUCGAGUCUCACGGUGAAAAUACCCAAAAACGUAGGUCGACUGGCGGUCAACGGAGCUGGCGGCGGCGGUGUGGAUCAAUCGGGAUGGUCAAAUAUCUCUGCUUCUAACGAGUGCGGGGAUGAAACAAACAAGAGCAACGGCAUUUCGACCGUCGCUGCCAACGAUGUCCCCUACGAGCUGCAGGGAACCACAACAGACGCGUCUCCGUCGCGUUCCCACCCGCCCUCACGGCGGCCAAGGUCUGCUACACCGAUCUCCCUAUGGUGGAUCUAUCUCCCCUCCUCUCCAUCUGUGUUUUUUGAUGACGGAGCAGCACCUCCCGACCAUGCUGCUGCUGCUGCUCCUCCUCGCCACCGG